AUGGCGACCAUUUGUCAGACGGAUGAACCGAAAAGAGAAAGCAGGCGGACGCACAGACAAUCCUACAAUCGUUUUUUGGACGAUUUAAGAGGCCGCCGGUUUAUAUUUUCAUUUCUAGUGGGCCGGUUUUACUUGUAAAUACGUUUAUUUGUCUUUUUGUUUUGCUUUUGAUUUGUUAGUAGAAGUUUUUUUCGGGAUUAUAGGUUUGAGACCAGGAUUGUUUACAAAGAUGGCUGAUCACUGGAACAGGGGGCACGGUGCGGUUGAUGAUUUGCUGGACGCAGAAAACAAACGCAUGGCUGACAAUCUCGCAAGUAAAGUAUCCAGACUGAAGUCGCUGGCAUACGAUAUCGACAAAGAUGCUGAAGAACAGAAUUCCUACUUGGAUGGCAUGGACUCAAAUUUCCUCAGUGCAACCGGACUGUUAACGGGCAGCGUGAAGAGGUUUUCCACAAUGGUCCGCUCUGGCAGAGAUAACCGCAAGAUCCUGUGCUACGUGUCCAUAGGCCUGGUCCUGAUGUUCUUUCUGCUUUACUAUCUAGUUCGAAGGAUACAGAACUAAUGUGUGGAUUUUUUUUGUUUUUCGCUAUGUUUUCUCAGUUUUAUGAGAAAUAUAUUCAUUUAUGUGUUCAGUCUAUUAUCUUUGUUCACACACACCAUUUUCACAAAUGUUUUCUUUACUAUUAUUCCAAAAAAGUGAUUGAAGCUCAUGGGUAUGUUUAUGGUUAAUCCUGAACUAAGAUUCUCUCUUUUGCUCUAGUGAUGUAAUCAAGCUUUGAUUGCACAAUAUUCUAUAAAUGAUAUGACAAAAUGAAUAUUUGAAAUGAUUUUUUUUUAAUUAGAGAUUCAAGGCAUAUCAGUGUCAAAUGCUUUAUAAACUAACUUUGUACUAAUGGUCUAGUAUGUAACUAAGUAUAGAUGAACUGUUUCUAUUGUUUAUUGGUAUUAAAGAUAUUUCCAAUGUUUUCUUCUGCCUAAUAAAAGACUUAAAAUUUC